CCAACACCGGUACACGUCAUCGCGAAUGCCAAACAAACAUGGCGCCGCCCGCUCCCAGCCUGAUUCUUUUUGUGUUGAUUUCACUUCUCACGGCGGUGUUCUGCGGCGCCGGUUUGGGUAUCUGGUGGCCGGUGGUGUCGGUGAUGGUGUGUCUCGCGGUCGCCCUUUGCUGGCUGUUGAGGCGACGCGACGGCGAUGCCGUGCGGCGGGUGUGCGUCCUGGUUCUCGGGGACAUUGGUCGUAGUCCCCGCAUGCAGUAUCACUCCUUGUCGUUGAGUAAACGUGGAUUUCAAGUCACUCUAGUGGGAUAUUUAGACAACAAGCCUCACCUAGACGUGUUGAGGGACGAGAGGAUUCAAAUCGUCCCGAUUGUGGAAGUCAAAGGUGUUAGAGGUGGCCCGAAGAUUUUGACGUAUGUGACCAAAGUGACCAUUCAGUUCGUACAGGUUCUGUUUGUGCUACUGAUGCUGAAACCACACACUCACAUACUCCUGCAGAAUCCUCCCGGAUUGCCAGGCAUGGCCUCGGUGUGGCUGACGUGCAUCCUGCGUGGCGGGAGCUUGAUCAUCGACUGGCACAACUACGGCUACACCAUCAUGGCACUCACCCAUGGCCACGCGCACCCGCUCGUGCGCCUGGCAAAGUGGUACGAGCAUGUGUUUGGUCGUCUGGCAUCUCAGCACUUGUGUGUGACCGACGCAAUGAAGGAAGAUCUGCACAAGAACUGGGGCAUCAAGGCGACCACUCUCUAUGACAAACCGGCGGCCAUCUUUAGAGAGACACCACUGGAGACGCGGCACAAACUUUUUGCGAGGCUUUCACACAUGCUUCCUGCCUUUCGGCAUAGCAGCAGUGCUGAUGAUGAUGUCAUGGAGAAAACUGUCUUCUCUGUGCGAGACCUUAAUAAGGACACUGUGACCUUGAGGCCCGAUCGCCCCACCCUGCUCAUCAGCAGUACCAGCUGGACAGAGGAUGAAGACUUCUCCAUCCUCCUGCAGGCUCUUCAAGAAUACGAAAAGUUCAUCUCAGCGGGAGAGACUCUCCCGCCGCUCAUCUGCGUCAUCACAGGGAAAGGUCCUCAGAAGGAGCGCUACAUGAAGAUGAUUGACAGUCUACGUUUGGAGCACGUGAAGAUCUGCACACCCUGGCUGGAGCCGGAAGAUUAUCCUGUCUUGUUAGGUUGUGCCGACCUUGGCGUUUGUCUGCACAAGUCUUCCAGCGGGCUGGACCUGCCCAUGAAGGUGGUGGACAUGUUUGGAUGCUGCCUGCCUGUGUGCGCCGUCCAUUUUCUGUGCCUCGAGGAGCUGGUGAAGCACGGGCACAAUGGUCUGAUCUUUUCCGACAGCACGCAGUUGGCCCAACAGCUCAAGAGUUUGUUGUCAGACUUUCCCAGCAGUGAUGGCAAACUGGGCGCAUUCAGGAGGAAUCUGCGCGCCAACAGGGAGCAGCGCUGGGACGACAACUGGGACCAACACGUCCUCCCGCUCUUGUCCUCCUCCUAUUCCUCCUGCACUUCUUCUUCUAGGUGACCAUAGAGGGACUCGAACCAAACUGCAGUCUUGUUGAAUUGUCACUGAAUAUUCCCAUUUUGUAAAUAAAAAAACUUUAUUGACACGCAAA